AUGACUGCCUCGGGCCGUGUCUGCGCUCGAUGCGCAGUGAUUAAACAACGCUGUGACGGUGCCUCGCCCUGCUCUCGCUGCGCACGCCUUGGUCAUAUUUGCGAGCCCCAACAAACCGGGAGGCCGAAUUCUGAAGCCCAGUCGCUGGCUUAUCGCCGGCCCAGAGCCUCCCGGUCCCGGGAUGGAUGUGUCUCCUGCAAGGCGCGGAAGAAGAAGUGCGAUGAGAAAAGACCUCGAUGUAGCGACUGUCAUCGGUUGAACCUACCAUGUCACUGGAAAGCCCCCAGGACACGGUCUCCGCCACCAGCGAUCGUCUCCCCGCUGCCGUCGCCUCCUGGGAUGAUGCCCUUAUCCGAAACUGCGCACGACCUCAUCCUGUCUUCCGUGUCGGAUCCGAUUCCCCUUUCCGAUCAUCUCCUAUCAUCCGUCGGCGAUGAUCCGAUAUCGCCUUUUUCGCCCUCCUGGGUCGAUGUGGAGAUGAUCCUCGGGCCCGUCUCGCCACCCCCAGACAGCGGGCUCAACGCCCACCUGCACAAUGACGACGAUCGCUGUCUCUUCAACCACUAUGUCCAAAAUGUGGCCCGGGCCCUGUCACGGUCCACGACGAGAGCCACCGCCAACCCAUUUCUGGCGACGUUGCUUCCCAUGGCCGCCGCCUCGGAGACGCUCACCAGCGCCCUCUUAGGGCUGAGUGGCUGCCACUGGCGUCGCGUCUACCCCCAAAUCUGGAAUCGAGCCCUAACGCGACAAGGACGGGCCUUGUCGCAAGUCAACAAUCUGCUCAGUCGCCGACCGAAUCGGCAAUCCUUCCUUGAAGCCUGCACUACCAUCCUCCUGCUGUGUCUUACGGAGCUGUUCGAGGGCACCUCUCGCGCCUGGAAGUGGCACCUCAAAGCCGCCGGGCGCCUACUCAGCACGAUCGAUCGGCACCGGUUUGCCUCCAGCGGCGAAGGCAUGUUCUGUCUUCAGCUCUUCCACUACCUAGACUCCAUGUCCACCAUCUCCCGGUGUAAACCCCCGCUGUUACGGGCAGGCGAGCGCCUGACUGAUCUUACUUUGGGAUCAUCUCUCCCAUCCUAUCUCCCCGCCGCCGCCACCAGCACGUCGUCAUCAUCAGGGGACACGAUAUCUGGACUCCCUACGAGCUUACUGGAGUCUCUCGGUCGGGUUAAUCUUUUGGCAGCGCACCGCAGCCGACGCAUUGACGACCUGUCAGAAAUCGGGUUCCGGACGGCCGCUGCACAUGUACGCGCCCACCUGGACACCUGGCGCCGGGAGUACGAAGCAGUCCACCCGGGCAGUGAAGUAGAGCAUCUGGCCACGCGCGCCUUUGAGUGCGCGAUCCGCUUACGACUGCAUCAGAUCGUCGACGGCUACGAUCCCCACCAUGCAGAGGUCGAGCAGGCCGUCACUGGCAUCGUAGCCGCGGGGCGGGCCAUUCCCUACGGCAGCCCUGUCGAGGGCAGUCUGCUCUUCCCACUGGUGAUUGCCGGAGCCAGCAGCCGCAGCAUGGAGCAACGGAUGGGCAUCAAGGAGCGACUGAUGGUGAUGGAGAACACCUUGGGCUGGGGGCAUAUCCUGCAAGCGCGGCAGCUGCUCGAAGCCGUCUGGGCGGACGACCGGGCGGACGCGAAUUGGGCCAGCGUCCGCUAUAGUCUGUAUCCAGGGAUGGUGUUCGUUUGA